AUGGCCAAAGGAAUACUUGGAAAGUCACGCUCGCCAGCUCGAGCGCCGGGCAUUUCGAAUCCCUCCUUGAACUAUACAGAUGCCCUGCCAAGGAAUGACCUCUGCGAGAUCCAGGCUGGCGUCAGUUACAGUCGUCCAAUCCAUCAGGUUUUCAAAGAGGGACAGCAUCCUGGCAUGUCUGAUAAGCAUAAUCGCAGAAAAAAGCCAGAUUCUCAGGUGCCUGGUUUUGAUUUUCAACUUACUAGCUCACCAGUCGAAGCUGAAGCGUUAGACACGCACCUUGGAGUGGAUGAGUCGAUGAUCGGCAUUGCUCUUGGAAGCCCUCGACUGUUGGAACAAUAUAAUACUGCAUCUCAGCCGCAACGAAUACCGCCGCCCACGCCUCCCGACGAAGAAAGGCCUAAUUCAUCGCUGCAGCGCAAGCCAAGUAAGUGGAAGAAAAUUGGAGGUCUGUUCAAGGCAAAGAACGCCGUUGCCCAUAAUGCAAACAAGCCGUUCUACCAGGUUCAAGCUCCGAAUGACGGGCCGUCGCAGGGGUCUACACAUUCGAUAGACUACAAACCUCGGCGGAGAGCAGGUACCAAGACCGCACCAAUUGAGAAUACAGAAUUAUGGCCGUGUCUUGCUUCGGAGAAUGAAACUCCGGCCCAUCAGCAAGGGUCUAAGCCAAAUCCCGGAUCCUUUCUCCAGGUUGAGAUACCUCAGGUUGAGAUGGAACGGUACAGCGUAAUGUUUGGUGGCCUUCUAAACAAUGAUCGGCCCUCCCUGUUGGCUAGGCGGAGCAAAACACUGGAUAAUUUAACAAUUCCUGACAAGGAGGCUACAAAGGUUCUCGGAACUCAAAAGGCAUCCGAGCCUUCAGAUCAAUUGCGAAAAGCAUUGACGGCGCCUCGAAACCAAUCUCAGGAGGCUCUGCCUGGCUCAAAUGGCUCAACGCCGGACAUUUGCCCCAAAACACAAUCCCACCGCGCCCAGGCCUCCAUCACAUCUUUCCUCUCUGCAACCUCAAUUGGUUCCGAUGACGAACCACUUCUGAUACAGAAGUUCGAACGAAUCCGAACAUACGCCGGCAUGAAAGAGCCAUCCUGGGGAGUAUCACAUUCAAAUAAAGCACCGGUAACCAUGACAGUACCAUCCUCGGAAACCUCAACAAAAGCAAAGAACCUCACCAUCAGGACGCGAGAGCUCCAUUCAAGUUCGGACUCAAACAGCGUCAGCUCAACAGAGACCUUCUCGGACACACCCACAGUGACAUCAGCAUCUUCCCCAAUCCUCUCACCUUUAAGCACGACAAAGUCUCCGCCCAGAGACAAGAAUGUAGCCACAGCAAGAACCAUAUCCACGUUGCCCCCACCACGAACAACAUCCCGAGCAGGCGAUAAUGCUCCAAUCCCAACCAUCGAAGUGUCGGUCGCACGCUCUGUCUCCGUCUCAAAGGGCAAGAAGCAGGUCCUUGUCCCUGUCAGGAAAAGAACCCCUCACUUGAACUCUAGUAAUGAAAGGCUUGUUCUCCGGCGUAUGGGCAUCGCCCGGGCCUCUCGCAGGAUGCGCGUAUUGAAACUGUUUAAGUCUGCUUUACCAUGUCUCUUUUACUAG